AUGGGCAUCAGCCAGGCCUUGCGAGACCUGGACUACCCAGAGACUCGUUGCCUGACCGUGGGGCAAGUGGCCGUGGCGCCGGUGAAGGACACGGGGAUGCGUGCACUCAUGGCUCAGGCUUUCAGCGCUGCCGCCGCACAGGAGAUGGCGGCUUUAGGGCGAGCCUGGCAGCUCGGUGAAGCCGAGGGAGAGCGCCGCCUUGAGGAGGGGGUGGCGCGGGCUUUGAAGCACAUCUGCCGCCGAGCGGAGAGGAGCUGCGUCCUCAAAGCACUACGGCAGCCUGCUGCCCCGGCUUCAGAGAUUGCGGGUAUCCUCUCCGAUGAGGAGCUGGCUCUGGAAGCCCGCUGUUCGCAGCUGGAGUCAGAGCUUGCAGCCUCGAGCGAACGUCUCAGCUUCCUGGACACCGUCGAAGCAAAGGUUGACAUGCUGGUCUCCGAAUGGCAACCACGGUCUCAGGAGGAACUGCUACAUAACCUCUCGGAGGAGGUGGCAAACAUUUCCUUGGUCCAGGAUGAUGGUGCUGAGCUGGAUGAAGGCUUCGAGCAGUCCCUGCAGCGCCUUGGUUUGGUGAGCAGCUGGCUGAAUCGGACCCUCUGCCAGCUGGAGGAAGCGCGCCAAGAGCUCGCCGAGAAAGAGAAGGCUGCGGCCUCGUGUGCAUUCUUGCAUCUGCCGGGCGAAGCUCCAAAUGCGCAGAGUGCUUUGGCACGUUUGCCUUGA